AGUGAGAAAAUUAAAUCCCCUUUUAAAGCCUUUUUUAGGAAUCCGCAGUUCUAACUCAGGAGCCAACUAUAAAAGGUUUUGCAUUACCAUGCAAGUCACAGAAAAUCCAUGCUCUGAAUCAGGGAUAGUGUAGAGUUAUAACUAUUACACAUAUUUCUGGAAGUUCUCACCAAAUAAUUCUCCAUUCAAAAUAAUUCUCCAUUCAAAUUAUUAGUGGGCAAAACAUACUGUAUAUGCCCCAGUGAGGGAGCUUCCACUGUCUAGUCCCCCAGUGGAAUUAUAUUAAUGAAUUUGUCCUGAAUUGAGUCCACCAAGACCUAUUUAAAUUAGUCCAACAAAGUGGCUUCACUGUACCCAAGGUCUUAGAUAACGGUUCCAAAAGAGGUGUAAAUCUCAUUCAGGUAUAAUUUAUGGACCAAAAUCCAGCUGCCACCUGUUUUUGUAGGUUCAAUAAGCUAAGAAUGGUUUUUAUAUUUUAAAAUGCAUUAAAACUUUGUUUACAAAUGUAAAAGUAGUCUUAGCUCAUAAGUUUUACACAAAAACACAGACUUCAAGCAGGAUUUGGUCUACGAGCCAUAGCUGGCAACUUCCAGUUCACUAAUUCAUAUCAUAACUAUGGAAGACAAUUAUCAGCUAUCUGAGGUUUCACUAAAUCUAAGUACCUGCAUGACAUCCUUAAAAAUGUACUAAUGAAUGGGUGACUAUUAUCGUAAUUAGUAUGUCUAAUUUUAAUAAUUUCGAGAGAAGAAAUCCCAUCUUUAUUUGCUCAAUGAGGAAAUUCUGUGGGUUUUGGAUGAAAUUGAACCAGAAUUAGGAAAAUUCAUUUGAGUACCUUAAAAAAUGUCCUGAGGGCUUAUUGAACAGGAUAAAGAUGUAAUAGGGGCUCAUCCUAGUUGAUCUUGUCAAUUACUGGGCUCACUGAGCAUUACAAAUUGUCCUGUCAUGCAGAUAUUUUCUAGAAGGUACAUUUUUAUACCUUUUUUUCUACUUUUUUUCUAAGAGGUAAAGGAGUUCUCUCAGAAUUGUCACUUUUUCUGGCUCUGGGGGCAGGGGAAGAGAACAGAAAGACUAUAUAGUAGAUAAUACUGGAGGAUAGUAGUGUGGGUGAAGACAAAUGAUUAAAAAAAAAAAAAAAGCACUAAGUCUCCAAAAACUUGCAAACAUGAAAGUUAGUAAAUGGUAAAUAAAUAAGUUGUUGAUUUAAUAGGAAAAAAUAUUAUUUUGAGGAGAAGGUGAAAAGAACCAUUCUAGAGGUCUUAAAUUCACUUUCUUAAGAACUGUUAAUUAUAUACACCCAUACUAGGACUGCUUCUCAAGACUACACCAAAAACUCAAAUAUCCACUUCACUCUGUUGUGUAGACACAACCUAAAUAAUCCAAAUCUAAAUGAUCUCUGAGAUCUGAGAUCUGAGAACUCAAAAGUUUUUUUAUUCUGAGAACUCAAAAGGAAAUAAAAGAACAGCUUUGCACCUUGACUUAUUCUGUCAGACUCAUUUUCCCAAAGAAAAUGUGAUAUAUUUGGACAAAAAUAAACAGAGGAUUAGAAAUAGGGAAUAUGAUGAUAUAUUUUUGACAUGAUUUCUAUCUAUAUUGGCUGUUUCUAUGGUACAUAUCGAAAUGUGUUGAGGUAUACCUGUAUACCCAAUUCUGUAAAGACACUAAGAAAUCAUACUAAUUUAGUUUUGUUAAGGGUACAGAUUUUGUCUCAACACAAGCAAAAACUUUCUAACAGUUAAUUCAAAAUGGACUGGGUCAGUUCAUAGGGUUGUGAAUUCCCUUCACUGAAGGUCUUUAAGCAGUGGUUAUAUAAUAAUUUUAUUUUCUUAUAGAUGGGAUGCAUGAUUUUUUUUAGCUAUUGGAUCAGAUAACAUCUGUUUUAAAAACAGAUUUUCUUCCAUAUAAAUGAGCCAAAAUGACCUUUGUAUAUUUUACAAUGCUCUAUUGAAUGGAUUUUGCCUUUUAAAAUCUUCUGUUAAAUAAUAAAGUUACUUUUAGAAGAUGGUACAUUGAGGCAAAUGAGAUUUUUUUUAAAAAAUAAUAUACAGGAAGGAUACUUUUAGGUGGGGCCUGAAUUUUUACAAACUGAAAGUAUUUUCACAGUUUUCCCCAAAUGUGUACAUUUAUAAUUAUCUUUCAAGGAUUAGAAGUCAGCCAAGGGUCAAUCUUAAAGAAAAUGACAAUUUUUUGUGCCUGAUUUUUGACAAUAAAAUAAUCCAAAAGACACCUAAAAGAGUACUUUUCUCAAAUUUUAUAUUUAAAUUUUAAUUCAAUCCUUCAUUAAAAAACAACACCUCCUACUGCCAACAUUUUUAGGGUAUUUGCUAGUUUUUUUUAUUAAAGAAAAUAAAAUGAUUAUCAUUCAGUUCUUACAGAUCAAAUGCUAAGCUUUAGAUGUCCAGAUAUUUCACUAUGAAUAGGAACCUUCUUCCAAGAUUAUUUUGUGAAGCUAGAGCUUUCAACCAUAUUUACAUCCAUAUUUAAAUAGGCUCUCUACAUUACAAAUUAUGGGGGACAGGAGAAGUUAAGUUUGCAAUCUCCCUAUUAAUUCUGGAAUCUUUUCAGGGUAUGGGGUCAGUAACAGUCUGGUAGUGGAAGGGCCCAUUAGGUAAAUUUGGCUCUAAGAAUGUUAAUUGAAAGUCCCCUUCACCCAUUCAAUCCUUUUUUCUUUGCCUUUCUUCAGUUGCUGGGGUCCCAUGGUGACCAUCAUUGAAAGAAAUCAUCCUCUUCAGCAGUUACACAACACCAUGGCAACUAGGACAUCAGCUGAGCUGGAUAGAUGCUAAAUACACAGCUAGAGGCUUCCUUCCUACUUUGUAAAUCCUACUCUCUUUGAGGCCCUAAGAAAAAGGAUAAAGACUCAUAAAUAUGCACAGGAACACAUCUGUUCAUAUGUACAUAUAUAUAAAUACAUGUAAACAAAUAUACAGAUGUAAAUCUAGAUUUAUUAUGCCAUCUAUCUCCUCCAAAAUCCUCCCCUGCCCCACAAUCCAGGUCAGAUAUUUUAAAAGUUUUAACAGGAAAAUUCAAGAGGAUGGGAGUAAAAGGGAUUGGUUGGGGGCAGGGCAGAGGAGAAGUGAUUCUUGGUUCAAAGGGAAAUGAAGCACAUUGUAUUGCAUUACCAAUCAAUGAAUGGGUGGGGAAGUCAGAAUCUUUGUGGUUACAUUCAGGUCAAUAAACUAUACUUUAUUUCACCAAAUGGUGAAAUCAACUAAUUCCUUUAAUCACCUCUAAGGCAGGUGAAACAAUGCUGUCCUUGGUGCUGAAGAUACUGUCCUUUUGGGGGUCAGAAUGUUCUAAAAACAAGUUAAAGGAACAUCUUGCCAGUUCUGAAGACAAGAGUAACUGUUCUCUUCAAUGGCCAGUUACAGGCUUCAUGGUAAUUAGAGAGUAGGAUGGAAUAAUGAUAGGGGAAGAAAGUACUAUUUUCACUUCUAACCUGAACAUCUUAGAAAACCCAGAUGAAAACCUGAGGUGGAAAACAGAAAAAGGAAUGGGGCUUUUUGUGUGUGCUAGUAAAUACUUCCCUUUUCAGAAGCAAUCAGUCUGGUUCAGAUAUUUCUGCUGCUUUGUUGCUGAAAGGAAGGGGGUAGGGAGAUGGUUAGAUUCUUCCACUAAGCCACAUGAUCGAUUUCCCAUGUGACACAUUCCAGAGCCCUGGAAAGAAAAAGGGAGGGGCAAUAAGAGUGGGGAUGGGGGCGGGAGGAUGGUUUAGUAGUCAACCCUGCAAAAACGUCAUCUUGUCUCUAUACCAGGAAGCAGGCAAUGAGCCAGAAGAAAGGCAGAGGAUAGACGUGAAUGUGCUCCAAAGCUUCUCCCGUGAUCUGUGGCUUUUUCUAGACUCUUGUUCAAGGGGAAUUACUAGCAGAGAAUAUCCAAGAAGAAGACGUCUGAGAUCAGAUCCUGAGCAAGGAUUACUAGAUGGGAAGAUCAAGAAAAUUCUAUAGGCAUAGUAUACCUGGACUUCAAUAUGGCAUUUGAAGAAGUUUUUCAUGACAUCUUUGAGAACAAGAUGGAAAAGUGUGGGAUAAAUUAUCAUAUUGUCUGGUGGAUUUGGAAUUGGUUCAAUGACUGGACUCAAAGAAUGAGUUGAGGGAGAAAGAAUGGACAUGGGUCUUGGUCAUGCAAUGGAUGACAACAAACUUCCUCUGGUUAUCCCAACAGCACUGGGGCCGCUUCAGAAUAACAGCCACCCUAAGACAUCUAUGCCUCUGACAGGGCGUGACAUGACAGAAUUAUACAAGGAGCACAGACUGGAAAGAAAUGGCACCAACUUAGCCUACGAGCCACUGCCAGGAGAAAUCGCCGCCGUCAGUGUGAUUUUUGGGAUUCUGUGGUUGUUUUCUGUCUUUGGAAAUGCCCUGGUUUGUUUGGUCAUCCAUAGGAGCAGGAGGACUCAGUCCACCACCAACUACUUUGUGGUUUCAUUAGCAUGUGCUGAUCUCCUCAUCAGUGUGGCCAGUGCUCCUUUUGUCCUGCUGCAGUUUACAUCUGGUAGGUGGACCAUGGGUAACGUCAUGUGUAAACUAGUAAGAUACUUCCAACACCUCACCCCAGGGGUACAGAUCUAUGUCCUCCUUUCCAUCUGCAUAGACAGGUUCUAUACUAUAGUCUAUCCUCUGAGCUUCAAGGUGUCCAGGGAAAAAGCCAAGAAAAUGAUUGCAGCAUCUUGGAUCUUUGAUGCAGCCUUUAUGUCCCCUAUAUUCUUUUUCUACGGCUCCAGUUGGGAUCAUCAUUGUAAUUUUUUCCUCCCUUAUUCUUGGGAUGGGACUGUCUACAGUAUUAUUCACUUUCUGGUGGGUUUUGUGAUUCCAUCCUUCUUCAUCAUCGUUUUCUAUCAGAAAGUCAUUAAAUAUAUCUGGAGGAUAGGCAUCGACAGUCGAACAGUGAAGAGGACGAUGAACAUCGUUCCAAGGACAAAAGUGAAAACUAUAAAAAUGUUCCUGAUGUUGAAUCUAAUAUUUUUGCUUUCUUGGCUUCCUUUUCAUGUGGUCCAGUUAUGGCAUCCCCAUGAAAGAGACUAUAGGAAAAGUUCCUUGGUUUUCACAGUGAUCACUUGGAUAUCAUUCAGCUCGUCAGCUUCCAAGCCUACCUUAUAUUCCAUUUAUAAUGCCAACUUCAGGAGAGGGAUGAAGGAAACUUUUUGUAUGUCCUCCAUGAAAUGCUACCGAAGCAAUGCCUAUACAAUCACAACCAGUUCCAGGGUGGCCAAAAAAAAUUAUGUUGGCAUUUCAGAUAUCCCUGUCACGGCCAAAACUGUAACCAAAGACUCAAUAUAUGAUACAUUUGACAGGGAAGCCAAGGGGAAAAAACUUGCUUGGCCCAUUAAUUCCAAUCCACCAAAUACUUUUGUCUAAUUCCUUUUCAUUCUUUUGAUAACUAUUAUGCACCAAAUAGUCUGAAAACCUUCGAAACUUCAGGAACGGAUGGAUAAUUACCUUUUUGGCCUACAAAUUCUAGGGGGAAAUGUUUUAUUUUGUUAAGAUGCAUUAAUUUAACUGUAAGAUAGUAUUUUUAAAUAAUUUUAGUUCCUAGUUUUUUUGAGAUUCAUUUACCUUACAAAUUUAUGUUGACUGUAUUUUAUGGAUGUGAAGUGAAUUGUAUUGCUCAGAUCCAUUAAUGGUAUAAAAAACAUAAACCUAGCCAAGGCCAUAUGGUACACAUAAAGAUA